AUGGAAUCAACACCCCCGGCCGAUAACAUCACUGCUACAGUGCCUGCACUUGACCUGAUCCUCGAGGAUCAAUGCCGCGAUUUUUCAAUAGCUGAUGUAACCCACAUCAUCGUCAAACUUCCGUUGGGGAUACUGAACAUGAUCAUGGAAUUUUGUGCCGUGAGCUACAAUCCCAACCAACCACGGCUCUUCAAGGAAAUCAUAGGAAAGGCAUUAUCGAAAGCGUUCUUUGGUGACGAGCAGCAACUGCAGUGCAUGAAGUCCAAACAGAUUAGGAACGUGGAGUACGUUGGAUACAGGAAAGUCCAGAGAACAGAAACUCCCAUAAAGACUCCUCAAGUCAUCGUGGUGGCUCUCUUGGAACCUGUUCCCGGCCAGAAUUUGAAGGCAGUUUGGAAGCCUGCCCCAGAACUCACACCUGAAAGAAUUCGAGAGCGGGCUAGAUUGAGGGCUAUGGAGAAUUCUUUGUGGUCCUUUCGAAUCUACGAAGAGUAG